UACAAAUAGUAAUAUAAUUAGUAUACAAAAGCAAGGAAUUAAAGCUUUAAUUGUUAAGGAUAGAAAUAUUUUUAAAAUAGAUGAUGAAAAUAAAUUUUGGGAAAACAAUACUUUAAUUGAAGUAUUAAAUCAUUCAAAAACAAUAUUUUACAAUUGCCUAGCUAAUAAUAAUAGCUUACAUUUUAUGUUUUCUAAUUCAUUAUAUUCUUAUGAAUUAAAUUCAUUAAAAAAGCCUAAAAAAUUGACACUGCCUACAAUUUAUGUAGGAAAAUAUUUCUACAUAAAAGAUUCAACAUUUCUUCUUUCAACACAUACUGGACUUAUGCGAAAGAUUGGGAAUAAAUACGAAAGAUUAUUUGGAGAAAGAAUUUAUGCUACUAUUAUAGAUUCCAAAAAUAAAUUAUGGUAUACAAGUUUAGAUGGUAUUUUUGUGAUAAAUAAUUUUACAAGUGGGAAUUUAGUGUCUAAAAAAAUCUCAUUCAAAGAAACUAAGAACGUUUUUGUAAAUGAAUAUAAGGAAGAUGCGAAUGGUAAUAUGAUUAUGGCAU